AUGUCGACCGAUGAGGUCGACAAGCGUGUCAACAUCGUUCACAUCGAGGGGAAAUUUUUUGUGCACGACCCGAAAGAAUUGGACAAACUGAAGAACCUCCCGAAUUGUGCCUAUGGAUUUCAACCGAGGGUCGAGUAUUUCGCUUUUCACUCUCUAUGGCUUACUCCCGGAAAUAGUGCACGCCUUGUACGAAUCGAACUUGGUCAAUUUCGUUUCACCCGAGGAAUCGCCGAGCAAAUUGGAUGUUUUACUGGGUUAUCAAGGCGAAAAUUUACCUACCACUUCUCAAACGCUUUGGAAGCGAGUAAUCAACUUUCGAAAUGUGAUGAAACGAUUUCAACCCCGAAUUCCGUCGAAUUCUUUCCCGAUUCAGCCGAUUUCUAUGCUAGUUCCAAAAUUUUCCGCGAUCUCUGGAUAAAUGGAUAUUAUGUGACAUGUGGUCAAAAAUUCGGGUGUCAUUAUUUGGCUUACGAAGCAUCGCCGGAUUCUGUGCACUCUUCAUACAUGGUUUGGCGUUUGGACAAUUCAAGAAACGCGGAUUUUCUCUCACAUCUCCCCAUCCUUCAACGAGCGGCCACACAAAUGUGCAAAAAAAUUUUGCUGGCUACGACAAAUCCUGACGCCGAUGUGCCUCACUAUUCUUUGAUUGAAAGAUUCACUGGGCUUGACCGCUUAAAAAGAGUUGGCCUUGAAGAAUCCUCUGACUUCAAAAAAGGCCAAGCACAAAUUUUAGUGCCGCUCUCUAAA